GGUGGCAAUGGUAGUGACGGAGAGGAACGGUGUGCCGUGUGGUCACUAGGGCCAGCGAGGCAUCGCCGAUGCCACAUCGACUCGCGGUACCGAACCGAGAACAUCGAGCGAUCCAACCACCGAAUACCUACCUUCUCUCCCCCCCCACGACUUUUCGCUUCGUAAUAAAUAAAGAAGACUAUCGGUAAGAGAGAGACGAGUAAGAGGCCUCGACGGAGAGAAGACACACGCAGAGAGAGAGAGACAGAGGAACGAGUUUGCAAACGAGGCCGAAGCGCGGCGAGGCUCCAGUCCGGCUCCAACUGUCGCCGCGCGUAUUCGUUUCUCGCGCCGAUUAAUGAGAGAUCGGCGGUGAAGGGAAGCUGCGAUAUCCCGUGAGUGUGAUGACGGUGAGGGAGAAGGGCGGAGGGAGGAGCGCGGAGGGCGCGAGGGCCGAGGUGGAGACGGUCGAGGUGGUCUCGUCGUCGAGCGUGGUCGAGGAGGCGAGGCGGAUAGUGGAGAGCGAGUCGAGGAGCAGCGUGUACGAGGUGACGAGCCGCGAGCUCGUCACCGAUUCCAAGGGUGCGAACGUGGCGGAGUCUGUCCUCGUCCCGAGGACGAGACAGAAGAGGAGGGCUCGUGAGGAAACGGGCGACGUUAAAUCGCGUUCCAUGGAGACCGUGGUGGAGAAGAGGUCGUCCGAGUCGCGCUCCUCGAUCACGGCGGUGAACGGCGCCGUCGGCUCGUCCAAGUCGUACGAAGCGAGCAGCAGGGAGGAGAGCAGGACGCAGCGCGAGGGGGACGGGCGCGCGAGCAGCAGCAGAAUUCGCGAGACGAGCGAAAGGUUGGACGAGAACGGGAGGGUGACGAGCACCCGAGGCGUGGAGAGCGAGACGGUCGAGGCGCCUCGAGUCAAAUUCGCGGAGGAGGACGCGAAUGGGAGGGAAAAGGAGAGGAAGAGAGGCGGCGAGGUGGCGGCCAGGUGCAACAAGCCUGGACAAUCGGCGUGGGACGGCACUUUCGUCAGCGAGGGGAGAGAGGCGACGAGGGAGGAGAGCUGCGAGUCCAGCGUUGAAAUCUCCUCGAAGGACGCGGUCGACUUCGCUGGGGAGCAUCGCAAGAGGGGUGCUCGCCGCUCGAGGCCGGGCGAGUCCGCUUGGGACGGCACGUUCGUGAUCGAGAAGACGCCUGAGCCGAGAAAGAGGAACGUGUUCGAUUCGACGAGGGUGUUCAUCGAGGAAGAAUCCGGUCGAAGGAGCAAGGAAAGCAGGGAUGGAAAGGUGGCGUCACCGCCUCGCCGAGGAAGAGCGGCGAGGCCCGGCGAGUCGAGCUGGAACGGGGAGUUCGUGCGCGAGAAGGGCGAGGGAUGGGGAUCAACGGGGGAGAGGACGGUGGUGAGGAGGAGCGAGAAGCGGCACGACUCCGACGUGGACGUGCAAGACGUGACCGAGGAGCAGAACGUGUCCACCGUUUCCGAGUCCUCCGUCUCCUCCUCGUACAUCGUGGAGUACGCGACCGCCACGGACGAGAGGAGAAAGAAAGUCGAGAAGGCGAGUUCCGUUUCAGGCGCCAUUUUGGAGGAAGACUCGGUCGAGGGAGGCGAGGAGAGGAAAGGGGCGCGGGACACGGCGACGAGGAGUUACAAGCCCGGUCCACGGUCCGCGUGGGACGGUGGUUUCGUUUACGAGAACGCGUCGAAGGGGGAAGAGGGAAGAUCGAGCGCCGAUCACCGAUCGAGCAUCGUGAUCCGCGACGUGACGGGGGACAGCUCGAUAAACGAGGCGGAGAUUUCCACGGCUUCCUACGUGGUCGAGCACUCGUCCAGUCAACAGAGCUUCACCGACGUCAGGGACUCGAGCCUGUCCUCGGUCCACGAGACGAUCGUGUACGAUGUCGUGCGGCCGACCGACUCCUCGACCAGGCAGGAAACAUUGGACAAAAUUGGAAAAACGACGAAGUCCUCUUCUGGCUCCUCGACCUGGGAUGGGACCUUCGUCGCGGAGACGUCGACGGACAGGGUUGGGGACGGCCCUGUGCCGAGAUCGAGGAGGCAACGCGUCACCGACGCCACGUUGGACGUUCGCGACGCCACCGAGCGAAUCUCCAAAGUUUUCAGCAACUCCAUCGUGAUGGAGCAGUCGACCGUGCACCACAGCUACUCCGACUCCUCGAAUCUCGACUACUCGACCAGCUCCGUGGAGACCGUGAUCGUCCGCGACGGCCACCCGGCCGCGGUGCAAAAGUCUGUUACGAUCGAGGAGCAGAAGAAAUUGGCCGAGAAGAGUGGAUUGGCGAGGGGCGAGAGGCCGUCGAAACCGGGCGCCUCCGCGUGGGACGGCUCCUUCGUCCCCGAGAAACCCGAUUCUCGUCGCCCGGUGGACAGAAAGGAGGAUCUCGGGGAAUUGAGUAAGAAGGACGAGCAACCGACUUACGUCACGGAAAAAUCUAUCACCGUGAAGGACGCCUCGAAGGAAACUUCCGAAUUCGUCACCACCACCCUCGAGCGCACCCUCGUCUCCGACGCCUCCGAGAGCCACGAUUCCAAAUAUUCGACGACGAUCGUUCGCGAAAUCGAGGAGCCAGCCUCGAGACCGGGCGAAAAGGUGGACAGGUCUCUGAGGCCAAGUAAACCGGGCGCCUCGACUUGGGACGGCUCGUUCGUGCGCGAGAAACCGCAGGAUCGGUCGAAGAGACCGAUCGAUGGACGGGAAAAGGGACCCCUUACGGGAGAAGACGGAGAAAGACCGACCUCCCCGUUGCUUAUCGGACGCGAUGCGACGAAAAUUUCGAAGCAGCGCGACACGGCCGAUAAAAAGGAUAGCACGGAUAUCGACGCGGCUCGAUCCUCUUACGUAAUCGAUCAAUCGUCCAGUUUCACCUCGGUGCAGGACGUUCGCGACGUGGUGGAGGAGCGUGUCAUCGGCGAAUUCACGAGGGACACGCGUAAGGACGUGAGAGAUGUCAUCGAGAAGUCGACGAGCGAGUUUAUCGACAAAGAGCAGGUGACUAGCAUGGUGGCGCGGGAUGUCGUCGACGACAUCAGAUACGACGGAUUCGCCGCCACCUCCACUCCGCGCAAGGAAUCGCCGGAACGACCCGGCUACCCCCGCGGAAUUCCCGGAUUGCGGGAGGAGGAGCGGGGGCCAAAAGCGAUCUCCGCCGCUGGGAAACCGAGCCGGCCACCAUCGCGGCAGAGGGAACGGAGCCCUGUGGAGAGACGUAGCGACUCGAGGCCACAAUCGCCACAGGGCAAACCUCGAGACUAUGUUUCGCCUACGGGGAAGCCGACGGGUGGCGACGAGGGGUCGGCGAAGGCAGGCGGGAAGCCGGCAAGAGGAGAUCAGACGCCCGAUUCCCUCGAGGAGGACGACGCCCGCCAAUUACCGGCCAAACUACCCGACAUAUUGUCCAAGAUCCCCCUGAAGGAGCAAUGCAUAUGCGAGCUAUGCACCUGUGGACGACACCGUUGCCCCCACAAUCUGGUCGCGCAGGACCACCUGGAAAUUCCGCGGGACGAGCCGGUGCACGCGGUCACCUCUUACCGCGAGGAAUUCGACGAGAAACGCGUGGACAGGCAGACGGUGUACCACCACGAGGACCACCUUCGAAUGGAGGGAGAUUUCGCGGGGGAGAGGCGUGCGGACUACGUGGCGACGAGGGGCGAGAGGGCGCCGGUGAGGAAGCCGCAGGACAACUUGAGGCCUGAGGGCGAGUUCGUGGGCAGGGUGAGGGAGGAGGCGCCCACGAAGGGGGAGAGGGCGGUGGUGAAGAGGCCGCGGGACAACCUGAGGCCGGAGGGCGAGUUCGUGGGCAGGGUGAGGGAGGAGGCGCCCACGAAGGGCGACAGGGCGCCCAUCACCAGGCCCAGGGACAAUCUAAGGCCAGAAGGGGAAUUCGACAGUACCAUAACCACGGAGCUGGUGUUCACCGGCACCCCCGGCGAACGGCCUAGCCCGAUACGUCGCAACACUUACACCAAGGUCGAGGGAGAAUUCGUCGAUUCGACGACCACGAGAUCGGAAUACGUGGACCAUCGAACGGUGGAACGAGCGGAGAUCGUCAAGCGUACGGACAACCUCACGGUGGGAGAGGGUGAAUUCACGGGUACCUCUCGUCUCAAGGAGGAUUUCCACACGUACGACGCGGUGGAGAGAGAGCCGAGGAGGCGGCUCACGUACACCGAGGAGGAGGAGGAGGGGGAGGAGAGGGAUCGCUUUUACGGGAAGACGGACGCGUUGGAGAGCAGCACAACGACACGGGAGGAGUAUCGGAGUUUCGAUCGGACCGAUUACAGAAGCACCGCAGUGAUCAGACGGGACGAUAAUUUGAGGACGGAAGGAACGUUCGAAGGCGUGACCCACGCUAAACGAGACUACGCGGCGCCGCCGGUUACCAAGAGACCCGAGCCUCAGAAGCCCAAGGAUAAUUUGAGGCCCGAAGGACUGUUCGAAGGUCGACCAAAAGACGAUUACGCGCCGAAACGAGGAGAAAGACCGGAAGUAAAGAGACCGGAGGACAAUUUGAGACCGGAAGGACCCUUCGAGGGAAGACCUAAGGAUGAUUAUAAGCCGACCAGAGGAGAAAGGGCUGAUGUGAAGAGGCCCGAAGAUAACUUGAAGCCGGAAGGACCGUUCGAAGGGCGUCCAAAAGACGAUUACGCGCCGAAACGAGGGGAAAGACCGGAAGUAAAGAGACCGGAGGACAAUUUGAGACCGGAAGGACCAUUCGAGGGAAGGCCUAAGGACGAUUUCUCGCCAAAAACAGUCGAACGUCUGGAGGUGAAGAAGCCUCAGGACAACUUGAGACCGGAAGGUCCCUUCGAAGGAAGACCUAAGGAAGAUUACAAGCCAACUAGAGGAGAAAGGGCCGAUGUGAAGAGGCCUGAAGAUAAUUUGAGACCGGAAGGUCCCUUCGAAGGCCGACCAAAGGACGAUUACAAGCCAACUAAAGGAGAAAGGGCUGAUGUUAAGAAGCCUGAAGACAAUUUGAAGCCCGAGGGACUAUUUGAGGGAAGGCCUAAGGAUGAUUAUUUGCCGAAACGAGGGGAAAGACCGGAAGUAAAGAGACCUGAAGACAAUUUGAAACCGGAAGGACCAUUUGAAGGAAGGCCUAAAGAUGAUUACAGACCAACUAGAGGAGAAAGAGCUGAUGUGAAGAGGCCUGAAGACAAUUUGAAGCCUGAAGGACCAUUUGAAGGAAGGCCUAAGGAUGAUUACAGGCCAACUAGAGGAGAAAGGGCUGACGUGAAGAGGCCUGAAGACAACUUGAGACCGGAAGGACCAUUUGAAGGAAGGCCUAAGGAUGAUUACAGGCCAACUAGAGGAGAAAGGGCCGAUGUGAAGAGGCCUGAAGAUAAUUUGAGACCGGAAGGUCCCUUCGAAGGCCGACCAAAGGACGAUUACAAGCCAACUAGAGGAGAAAGGGCUGACGUGAAGAGGCCUGAAGACAACUUGAGACCGGAAGGACCAUUUGAAGGAAGGCCUAAGGAUGAUUACAGGCCAAAAACAGCGGAGCGUCCCGAAGUCAAGAAGCCUCAGGAUAAUUUGAGACCGGAAGGCCCCUUCGAAGGGCGUCCAAAAGACGAUUAUUCGCCGAAACGAGGAGAAAGGCCGGAAGUAAAGAAGCCGGAAGACAACUUGAGACCGGAAGGACCUUUCGAGGGAAGGCCUAAGGACGAUUACAGGCCAAUUAGGGGAGACAGAGCGGAUGUGAAGAGACCUGAAGACAAUUUGAGACCGGAGGGGCCGUUCGAAGGAAGACCCAAAGACGAUUUCGUGCCGAAAAUCGCGGAACGGCCAGAAGUAAGGAAACCGCAGGACAAUUUGAGACCGGAAGGACUAUUCGAAGGCCGUCCUAAGGACGACUACAAGCCAACCAGAGGAGAAAGAGCCGAUGUGAAGAGGCCUGAAGAUAAUUUAAAGCCUGAAGGACCCUUCGAAGGAAGACCUAAGGACGAUUUCUCACCGAAACGAGGGGAAAGGCCGGAAGUAAAGAGACCGGAGGACAAUUUGAGACCGGAAGGACCCUUCGAGGGAAGGCCUAAGGAUGAUUUUUCACCGAAACGAGGGGAAAGGCCGGAAAUAAAGAGACCAGAGGAUAAUCUUCGUCCAGAAGGACCGUUCGAGGCACGGCCUAAAGACGAUUACAAGCCAACCAGGGGAGAGAGGGCCGACGUGAAGAGGCCUGAAGACAAUUUGAAGCCCGAAGGACCCUUCGAAGGAAGGCCUAAAGACGAUUAUAAGCCUACGAGAGGAGAACGAGCCGACGUGAAGCGUCCAGAAGAUAACCUAAAACCGGAAGGACCUUUUGAAGGAAGGCCCAAGGACGAUUACAAGCCAACCAGAGGGGAGAGGGCUGACGUGAAACGGCCCGAGGACAACUUGAAGCCCGAAGGACCCUUCGAGGGUCGUCCAAAGGACGAUUUCUCGCCGAAGAUAGCCGAACGUCCCGAAGUGAAGAAGCCUCAGGACAAUUUGAGACCCGAAGGUCCUUUCGAGGGUCGUCCAAAGGACGAUUACAAGCCAACCAGGGGAGAAAGGGCUGAUGUGAAGAGACCUGAAGACAACUUGAGACCGGAAGGACCCUUCGAAGGAAGACCUAAGGACGAUUUUACUCCGAAAACUGCUCAACGUCCAGAAGUGAAGAAGCCACGAGACAACUUGAGGCCCGAGGGAGAAUUCGAAGACCGACCCAGGAGCGAGUACACCCCUGGCGAGAAACGUACGCCGAUUAGACACCCGGAUAACUUGUACCCCGAAGGGGAAUUCGAGAGACCGUUCCACAUUCCUUACGGUCCUGGCGAGAGAGCGCCGAUCGUGCGACAUCCGGACAAUCUCUUCCCCGAAGGAGAGUUCGCGGAUAGGCAACGCGUCCCGUUCACCCCUGCAGAACGUAGAACUCCUAUUAAACACGAUGACAAUAUUCGUCCCGAGGGACCGUUCGAAGGCCGACCAAAGGACGAUUACAAGCCUACGAGAGGAGAACGCGCCGAUGUAAAACGUCCAGAAGAUAAUCUAAAACCGGAAGGUCCAUUCGAAGGAAGGCCUAAGGAUGACUUUUCGCCGAAGACAACUGAGCGUCCCGAAGUGAAGAAGCCUCAGGAUAAUUUGAAGCCCGAAGGUCCAUUCGAAGGAAGACCUAAAGACGAUUACAAGCCUACGAGAGGAGAACGAGCCGACGUGAAGCGUCCAGAAGAUAAUCUAAGACCGGAAGGACCCUUCGAAGGAAGGCCAAAAGACGAUUUCUCGCCAAAAACAGCCGAACGUCCAGAAGUGAGGAAGCCUCAGGAUAAUUUGAGACCCGAAGGUCCCUUCGAGGGUCGUCCAAAAGACGACUACAAGCCAACCAGAGGAGAAAGAGCCGAUGUGAAGAGACCUGAAGACAACUUGAAACCGGAAGGACCCUUCGAAGGAAGACCAAAAGAUGAUUUCUCGCCAAAAACAGCCGAACGUCCAGAAGUGAGGAAGCCUCAAGAUAACUUAAAACCUGAAGGCACGUUCGAGGGUCGUCCAAAGGACGAUUACAAACCAACCAAAGGCGAACGUGCAGAUGUGAAGCGUCCAGAGGAUAACCUAAAACCUGAAGGUCCGUUCGAAGGAAGGCCUAAAGACGAUUAUAAACCAACCAGGGGAGAACGAGCCGACGUGAAGCGUCCAGAAGAUAACCUAAAACCUGAAGGACCCUUCGAGGGUCGUCCAAAGGACGACUACAAGCCAACCAAAGGCGAACGUGCCGAUGUGAAGCGUCCAGAGGAUAACCUAAAACCAGAAGGACCCUUCGAGGGUCGUCCAAAGGACGAUUUCUCCCCGAAGCGAGCGGAGCGUCCAGAAGUGCGACGGCCGGAGGACAAUCUGCGCCCCGAGGGUGACUUCGAGAGACCGGAGAAGCCUUUGGUCGGUCCAGCUGAAAGACGUAGCCCUAUCAAGCACCCCGACAACCUUCGCCCCGAAGGAGAAUUCGUUGGCAAGCCAAAAGACGACUUCACGCCUACCAAAGGGGACAGAGCCGUGGUGAAGAGGCCUGAAGACAACCUUCGCCCCGAAGGACCUUUCGAGGCUCGUCCCAAGGACGACUAUCGACCGGUUCGAGGCGAGCGAAUCGAGAUCGUGAGGCGCGGCGACAACCUUCGAAUGGAGGGCGACAUGGAGACUUAUCGCUCGAGGGACGAGUACGCCGAGUUCCUGGUCCGCGAGAGGACCGAGGUGACCAAGUAUCGGGACAACCUGAGGAUGGAGGGCGAGUUUAUCGACGUGAGAACCAGGGACGAUUUCAAGAUUGUGAGAGGAGAACGCGUGGACGUGGUCAGGCAUCCAGACAAUCUGAAGCCGGAAGGUCCUUUCGAGGCGCGGCCAAAGGACGACUAUUCGCCCCCGAAGAUGGUGGAGAGACCGGAGGUAAAGAAGCCGGAGGAUAAUCUGAAGCCGGAGGGAGAUUUCGUCGGCAGGCCGAGGGAGGAGGCGCCGAAACACGGCGAACGUGCGCCGAUCAAGAAGCCUCGGGAUAAUUUGAGACCAGAGGGUGAGUUCGAGAGGCCAGAGAGGAAACCAGUCGGCCCAGCUGAGAAGAGGACUCCUAUCAAACACGAGGAUAACUUGAAACCUGAGGGAGAAUUCGAGAGACCGAAACAGGAAGAGUUUAAACCGGCAGAGAAACCGAUUAUAAAGAAACCUAAAGAUAAUCUUUAUCCCGAAGGAGAAUUUCAAGUUCCUGAGAAGAAACCUGUCACCCCUGCCGAAAGAAGAACACCGAUUAAACAUGAAGACAAUUUGAAACCUGAAGGAGAAUUCGAGAGGCCUAAACCUGAAGAGUUUAAACCGGCAGAGAAACCGAUCGUGAAGAAACCUAAAGAUAAUCUUUAUCCAGAAGGAGAAUUUCAAGUUCCUGAGAAGAAACCUGUUACUCCUGCCGAAAGAAGAACCCCCAUAAAACAUGAGGACAACUUGAAACCUGAAGGAGAAUUCGAGAGACCCAAACAUGAAGAGUUCAAACCUGCGGAGAAACCGAUCGUGAAGAAACCGAAAGAUAAUCUUUAUCCAGAAGGAGAGUUCGAGGUCCCAGAGAAGAAACCUAUUGGUCCUGCCGAAAGAAGAACACCGAUCAAACACGAAGACAAUUUGAAACCUGAAGGAGAAUUCGAGAAACGGAAACCGGAAGAAUUCAAACCGGCAGAGAAACCGAUUGUGAAGAAACCAAAAGACAAUCUGAAACCGGAGGGCGAAUUUGCGACUCGACCUAAGGAGGAAGCUCCGCGAAAAGGCGAAAGAGCGGACGUGAAGAAACCCAAGGACAACCUUUAUCCCGAGGGUGAAUUCGAAAUUCCCGAAAAGAAACCCGUCGGCCCUGCCGAAAGAAGAACCCCUAUCAAACACGAGGAUAAUCUACGUCCCGAGGGCGAGUUCGAGAGACCACAACCUGAACAGUUCAAACCUGCCGAGAGACCCGUCGUCAAGAGACCAACCGACAAUCUUUAUCCCGAAGGAGAAUUCGAAGUCCCCGAAAAGAAACCUAUUGGUCCUGCAGAAAGAAGAACCCCCAUAAAACACAUGGAUAAUUUAAAACCAGAGGGCGAGUUUGAAAGGCCCAAACAUGAAGAAUUUAAACCUGCCGAGAAACCGAUCAUGAAGAAACCUAAAGAUAAUCUUUAUCCAGAAGGAGAAUUCGAGGUCCCUGAGAAGAAACCUAUUGGUCCUGCCGAAAGAAGAUCACCAAUCAAGCACAUGGAUAAUUUGAAACCUGAAGGAGAAUUCGAGAGACCCAAACAUGAAGAGUUCAAACCUGCAGAGAAACCGAUCGUGAAGAAACCGAAAGAUAAUCUUUAUCCAGAAGGAGAGUUCGAAGUCCCAGAGAAGAAACCUAUUGGUCCUGCCGAAAGAAGAUCACCGAUCAAGCACAUGGAUAAUUUGAAACCUGAAGGAGAAUUCGAGAAACGGAAACCGGAAGAAUUUAAACCAGCAGAGAAACCGAUCGUGAAGAAACCUAAGGACAAUCUCUAUCCAGAAGGAGAAUUCGAAAUCCCCGAAAAGAAACCUGUCAGCCCUGCAGAAAGAAGAACACCAAUAAAACACAUGGAUAAUUUGAAACCUGAAGGAGACUUUGAAAGACCCAAACAUGAAGAAUUCAAACCUGCCGAGAAACCAAUCGUGAAGAAACCUAAGGACAAUCUUUAUCCAGAAGGAGAAUUCCAAAUUCCUGAGAAGAAACCUGUCAGCCCUGCAGAAAGAAGAACACCAAUAAAACACAUGGAUAAUUUGAAACCAGAAGGCGACUUCGAAAGACCCAAACCUGAAGAGUUCAAACCUGCAGAGAAACCGAUCGCGAAGAAACCAACGGACAACUUGAAGCCGGAGGGCGAGUUCAUCGGUCGUCCGAGGGAGGAAGCGCCGACGAGGGGUGAGCGAGCGGAAGUAAAGCGUCCGGAGGACAACUUGAAGCCGGAGGGCGAGUUCGACAGGCCUCGUCCCAGAAGGAUCGGCCCUGCCGAGAGGAGGACGCCGAUCAAGCACCCCGACAACUUGAAACCGGAGGGCGACUUCGUCGGCAGGCCGAAGGAGGAGGCGCCGAAGCGUGGCGAGCGAGCGGAGGCGAAGAAACCGAGGGACAACCUUCGCCCGGAGGGCGACUUCGAGAGGCCGGAGAGGAGGGGCAGGGUUAAACCCUGCGAGAAGCGCAGCCCGAUCAAGCACCCCGACAACCUUCGCCCCGAGGGAGACUUCGUCGCCAAGCCGAAGGACGACUUCACGCCCACCAAAGGGGACAGAGCCGUGGUGAAGAGGCCUGAAGACAAUUUGAGACCGGAAGGACCCUUCGAGGCUCGCCCCAAGGACGACUAUCGACCGGUUCGAGGCGAGCGAAUCGACAUCGUGAGGCGCGGCGACAACCUUCGAAUGGAGGGCGACAUGGAGACUUAUCGCUCGAGGGACGAGUACGCCGAGUUCCUGGUCCGCGAGAGGACCGAGGUGACCAAGUACCGUGACAAUCUGAGAAUGGAGGGCGAGUUUAUCGACGUGAGAACCAGGGACGACUUCAAGGUAGUGAGAGGAGAACGAGCGGACGUGGUCAGGCAUCCAGACAAUCUGAAGCCGGAAGGUCCUUUCGAGGCGCGGCCAAAGGACGACUAUUCCCCCCCGAAGAAGAUAGAGAGACCGGAGGUAAAGAAGCCGGAGGAUAAUCUGAAGCCGGAAGGGGAGUUCGAGAGAAGAGAAACCGAGAAGAAACCGAUCUUACCUGCCGAGAAACGUUCCCCGAUCAGGCACGAGGACAACUUGAAGCUCCCCGAGGGCGAGUUCGGUCGUCCGAAGGAGGAGCCUGGCAAGAAGAAGCCCAAGGUCGUCGGUCUUCCCGCCGAAAGAAGGACGCCGAUCAAGCACCCGGACAACCUUCGCCCAGAGGGCGAGCUCGACAUGCCUCGCAGAUCUCUCGAGAUCGAAUCCACGACUCGCAGGAAGCAGGAGCUCGAGCUCAAAACGAGUACUCUGAAAGAGGAGACGAGGCAGGAGGAUUCCAAGAGGAGCAUGGCGAGGAUCGAAAUGGAGACCGAGAAGAGGACACCAAUCAGGCACCCAGACAACCUUCGCCCAGAGGGCGAGCUGGACAUGCCUCGCAGAUCCCUGGAGACCGAAUCCACGACUCGCAGGAAGCAGGAGCUCGAACUGAAGACGAGCACCUUAAAAGAAGAGAUGAGGCAGGAGGAUUCCAAGAGGAGCAUGGCGAGGAUCGAAAUGGAGACCGAGAAGAGGACACCAAUCAAGCAUUUAGACAACCUUCGCCCAGAAGGCGAGCUCGACGUGCCUCGCAGAUCCCUGGAGAUCGAGUCCGCGACUCGCAGAAAACAGGAGCUCGAGCUCAAAACAACGAGCACCUUAAAAGAGGAGACGAGGCAGGAGGUGACGGUGAGGACGGAGGAUUGCAAGAGGAGCGUGGCGAGGACGAGAACUGAGAUAGAAACCGAGAGGAGGACGCCGAUCAAGCACCCAGACAACCUUCGCCCCGAGGGUCAGUUCGCCCAGCGGGCGAGGACGCCCGCGCCGGCGCGUGGCGAAAGAACUGCGGCGAGGAAGCCCAGAGACAACCUUCGGCCCGAGGGCGAGCUGUACGCUGCGGCGAAGGACGACUUCGGGCCGAAGAGGGGCGACCGUCCCCAGGCGAGGAAGCCCCGCGACAACCUUCGCCCAGAGGGCGACAUGGAGGUGGUGGUCGCCUCCUCGAGGCAGGACUACUCCGCGGGGCAUCAGGCGAGUGUGGAGACGGAGACGGUGCGUCGGUCGAGGGAGGACUACAGGAGGGUGGAGAGGGUGGUGAGGCGGCACGAGGACAACCUGAGGGUGGAGGGCGAGCUGUACGCGGAGCGCAGGGACGACUACGGCGGGGCCUCGAGCCCCGAGAAGGGGAGGAGGUCGCCCAUCCGCCGCGCAGACAACCUUCGCCCAGAGGGCGAGUUCGCGGGGAGGGCUCGCGACGAUUUCGCCGUUUCGAGGGGCGAGCGGGCGGAGGUGGUGCGGCGGGAGGACAACCUGAAGGUGGGCGGCGGCGAGUUCCACGACUCGACCUCGCAGAGGUCCACGUACACGGUGGUCAGAGGGGAGCGGGCGGAGACGAGGCGCCACGAGGACAACUUGAAGGUGAGCACGGGCCACGCGAUGGAGAGCAAGACGACGACUAGGGACACGUUCUCCCCGAAGAAGGAGGACUUGGGAGGAGGGAGGAGGGAGGUGGUCGGGCGGAAGCAUCACAUGGAGUCGUCGAUCGCCUUGGGCGACGACCUCGUCUCCUCCACGACCACCAGUCAGAGGAACUACAACACGUUCACGAAACGCACCGCGAAGGAGGUGGCCGCCAAGAUGAGCGGGAUGGAGUUGGACGGGUCGGCGAGCCGAAGGAGCGUGGAGUCGAGGACGGUGGAGAACGGGACGACGAGCGUGGUGAAGAGAACGACCUCGUCUCAACGGGUGAUAACAACGGAGCAUCGCGACGCCUCGAUCUCGAUCGAGGGGGGAGCGGUGGAAUCCUCGAAAUGUUCGCGCGAUCAUCAGCGGCACGAGAGGGACUCGAGUCGCGGAGGCGCGGAGUACAACGUCGAGCAGAAGCAUCAUCGUCAAGAGACGAGCAAACGGGACUACGUGAACGCGCAGCACGCGGAAUCUCGGCAGAGGCAGGAGACUUCGCGAUGCUACAACUCGAGCCAGGCGAGCAGCGCCGAGUUCAGGCAAGCGAUCGGUGGAUCGGUGGAAAGGUCGCAAGUGGACGCGAAUGCGCUGCUCUCGACCAAGACCAGCCACCACAGGAAGAACGUCAUCUCCUCCUCUUCGGCCGACGUGACAAACUCGGUCCUUCACAGGCGCGGAGGGACCGCUUCGUCCACGGAAGCGCUGCACACGAUAUCGUCGACGGCCGCCGACCAGAAGAAGAGUAUCUCGAACCUGGCUGAGACAGGCCAGUACAUAAGCAACUCGAGCCAGAGCAGCGACCGGCGAAGCCUCACCUCGUUGCACCGCAGCGCCAAGGAGGGCAAUCCGUGGGCGUCGUCCACGUACGAGCGGCCGCAGAGGAUCGUCCGCCAGGACAACUUGACGGUCGGCGGCAAGUUCUACUCCACGCAGAGCGAGGCGAGGAGUUACGGGAAUUUCGGGGGCCAGAGGGUGGAGCGGGUGCACAGGCAGGCGAACGUGUCGCACAUCAGCCUGGGGGACGGGGGGGCCUCCGUCACCUCGAGCAUGUACAGGAAGGAGUACGCGCCCAGGCACAAGGGCCCCUGCCCGGCUGCCCUCAUCGAGGCGAAGCAAGCCCCGUUCAAGCACACCAGGGACACGCCCAAGCACAAGUUCUACAUGCCGGUCGUCUCCAAUUGAAGCUUUCCCUUCUCUCACGGGAUAAUCCCUCUCCCCUAUUUCUUCGACGCGAUAUUCAAGAUGGAAAUGAUUUCUCCAAACUUCUUUCGACUAUUAUAUAUUAUCCGAGAUACCGAUUUUACACGCGUAAAACAUAUAUACAUAUAUAUAUACACGAAUAUAUUUUUAUCCUCGAAGGGAAUAAUAAAUAUUGGGAACGAGAUGUUAAAAGGCUCGAUACGUAUAUGUAUCGGUAUGGCGAAUUCGAAAAUAUUCGGGAAGCGGAUGAGAAUCGAGUUUUUUAAACAAGAUUUCUUUCCACUUUUAAAGCAACGUGUAUUACAAAGCAAUAACUAGAGCUUAAAUCCGUGAUAAGGGCGAAUCUGAUCGUCGAGUCAGAUUCGGCCGAUAAUUAGAGUAGAACGCCCCCUUUUUUCGUCAGCUUCGUUAUUAUUAUUAUUAUUAUUAUACGUUUAAUCAUUCUUUCUCGCCUAUUUUUUUUUCUCUCUCCCUAACACCUUGCGAUUUAUUAUUCAAUUAAUCCUAUAUUUUCGUAUAAGCGAACGAUUCCUCCCCCGGCAAGGAGAGGGAGAUUUUCUUGUUGUUUUUUCAUCCGUUCGACGCGACGGGAUGAUCGAAUUUAUCUUGUAUGAAUUUAUUUUGUUUUAUUCUCUCUCUCUCUCUCUCUUCCUCCUUCCCUUGUCGAUAUUUUUACUUUGAUCCGAGGUCACGUGUGCGUUCUCGAUCAUAAUAAAAAUACGUUUUGCAAUUAA